AUGGCGCAGAGAGUCUCAUUUUCGUCGAGCCAGCGUCGUCGCCGUGACCUGAGCGCGGCCCUUCUCCUCCUCUCACUUGUUCUUGUUUCGUCUCUCCACGCGGCGUUGGCCUAUCUCUUCUCCGCGGGGCUCCGCGCGGACAAGCUGCGGGGGGUGAUGCGCGGAUGGGCGCGAGGCGGAAGCCCGACCGGCCAGCAGCAGCAGCAGCAGCAGCAGCAGCAGCAGCAGCAGCAGCAGCAGCAGCAGAGCGGCGGAAUCAGUGGAAGCGGUAUGGGCGGCGGCGGAAUGGGUGGCGGCGGAAUGGGUGGCGGCGGAAUGAGCGGCGGCGGCAUGGGCGGCAGCGGAAUGGGUGGCGGCGGAAUGGGUGGCGGCGGAAUGGGCGGAAGCAGCAUGGGUGGCGGCGGAAUGAGUAGCGGUGGAAUGGGUGCAUCGCGGAAAAGCUUUCUGGCAAGUCCUUUUUCGCGAUGUGGCGGUGGAAUGGGUGGCGGUGGAAUGGGCGGAGGCGGAAUGGGCGGCGGCAGAAUGGGCGGCGGCGGAAUGGGCGGCGGCGGAAUGGGCGGCGGCGGCACUGGUGGCGGCGGAAUGGGCGGCGGCGGAAUGGGUGGCGGCGGAAUGGGCGGUGGCGGAAUGGGCGGUGGUGGAAUGGGCGGCGGCGGCAUUGGUGGCGGCGGAAUGGGCGGCGGCGGAAUGGGCGGCGGCGGAAUGGGCGGCGGCGGAAUGGGCGGUGGCGGAAUGGGAGGGGGCAUGGGCGGACCUGGUUCCUCUGCUCCAGGUUCGCAAUCGGCCAUGGGUCCUGGGGGAAACAUGGGUGGCGGCGGAAUGGGCGGCGGCGGAAUGGGUAGCGGCGGAAUGGGCGGAGGCGGCAUGGGUGGCGGUGGAAUGGGCGGCGGCGGAAUGGGCGGCAGCGGAAUGGGCGGCGGCGGAAUGGGCGGCGGCGGAAUGGGCGGUGGCGGAAUGGGUGGCGGCGGAAUGGGCGGCAGCGUAAUGGGCGGUGGCAUGGGCGGACCUGGAGCCAUGGGUCCUGGAGGAAACAUGGGCGGCAGCGGCAUGGGUGGCGGCGGAAUGGGCGGAGGCGGAAUGGGCGGUGGCGGAAUGCGAGGCGGCGGAAUGGGCGGCGGAGGCAUGGGCCGCGGAGGAAUGGGCGGGUCAGGGUGGUUUGCUCCAGGGUCGCAGGCAGCACCCGGCCAGGGUGGACCUGGGAUGGGCGGAGGGAUGGGCGGAGGGAUGGGCGGAGGGAUGGGGGGAGGGAUGGGCGGAGGGAUGGGCGGAGGGAUGGGGGGAGGGAUGGGCGGAGGGAUGGGGGGAGGGAUGGGGGGAGGGAUGGGGGGAGGGAUGGGCGGAGGGAUGGGCGGAGGGAUGGGCGGAGGGAUGGGCGGAGAAAUGGGCGGAGGGAUGGGUGGAGGGAUGGGCGGACCGUAUUAG